GGGGGCGCGCUUGCGCGCGGAUUCGAAGCGGGUUCGCGGCAGGGUGGCGUGCACGAGAGAGCGAGUGUGAGAGAAGGAGCGAACGAGCCCACACAGAGCGUAGGGGCAGGCGGGUAGCGCGGCCGGGAGCUACUCGCAUGUCCAUGGGAACGGCCGCAGUGGCGGCACCGCGGCGAGGGAAAGGAGAUAGCUGGCGCUGAAAUCCAAUGGAGCGGGCGUCUCGCAGGCGAUGUCUCCGGGAUGAGCGGUCACCGGGCGGAUCGUACGUGCAGCAACUGUGCUGAGAGCAGAUUGUGCAGGCCACCCUGCCUUGCUGUAGAACUUCCUGGCCUUGCUUUCCUGACAAGGCACAAUGGAUCCAGAGACAGGGUUUUUGCACCCAGUGUUCUGUGUAGGACUGGCCAUUCUUUUCUCCUGUAUCAGGGCAGAUGUGACUCCUCAUUUUACAACAGAGCCCCACUCCACUAUACAGAAACUAGGCGGACGGGUUCAGCUUCGCUGUGCUGCAGAGCCUGCAUCAUUCAUUACAUGGCACUUCAAUGGACAGAAAUUAACAGAUAGUGGCCAGAAUGGAAUAGAGAUCCGAUCAGGAUCAUUGAUUAUUUCCAAUCUACAGAUGUCCCACGUUGGGAGGUACCAGUGUCUGGCAAGCAGUUCUUUUGGUGUUAUAGUGAGCAUCCCUUCUUUCGUUUCCAUUGCAACAUUAAGUGAUUUCCAGGCAUCCAAGAGACGAAUAGUUACAAUAGAUGAAAGAAGCACAGGUGUUAUAGAAUGUCAUUUGCCCAACAGUAAACCCUCAGCACUCAUCCGUUACAAAGUGAGGGGAAAGUGGCUUGAGCAAUCCACAGAUAACUACCUGAUCCUUCCCUCUGGAAAUUUGCAAGUACUGAAUGUCACACAGCAGGAUAAAGGAACUUACAAGUGUGCAGCUUACAAUCCAGUUACACAUGAGAGGAAAAUGGAGCCAGUUGGGCAUAAACUGUUGGUGAGGCGUUCUGGAACCAAUCCUGCACACAUCAUCUACCCCACAGCCCCACAGAACAUAACAGUGAUCCAGCAUCGUCCUCUGAUUCUAGAAUGUGUAGCAAGUGGAGUUCCAACCCCACAUAUUCGAUGGCUAAAAGAUGGUGUGGAGGUGUCUGGGAACAAAAGGUUGAGACUUUUUCACAGUAACUUAGUUAUUGAUCAAACUGGAGCAAAAGAUGCUGGGAGCUAUGUGUGUUUUGCUGAAAAUGGAGUGGGUGAACCAGUAUCUACAAACUACACGGUAAUUGUUCAUGAGUCUGCAACAAUCAUUAAAGGAUUGCAAGAACUGACUCUGCCUGUGGGAGCUACAGCAUUUUUAACUUGCGAUUUUCAUGGAAAUCCUCUGCCAAAUAUCACUUGGUUCCACAAUGCAGCUACUGUCCAAACUGGCCUUCGGCACUUUGUCUCUGGGAACAGAAUGAAGAUUGUGAAAUUAAAUAUUGAUGAUGCUGGAAUGUAUCAGUGCAUGGUGGAAAAUGAGAUUGGUUCUGUGCAAUCAUCAGCGAGGCUCGUAGUCCAAACAGGUAAGGACAAAAAGCCUGUGAUUAUCUCCCCACCCACCAAUAUGAGAGUGACUGAAGGUGAGUUUGUUACAUUAACUUGCAAUGCCACUGGACAGCCAACACCCACUAUCCGCUGGUUUGAUCGUCAUGGGGUGAUCAGCAGUCAUCCUUCUCACAUUCUUCGGUCAAAAUCUAAGAAUUCUCAACAAUUUAGUGCAGGCAGUGCCAACUCCAAUUCUCCUCGCCUCACUAUGUCCAGAGCUGGAUCAAGCUCUCUUUACAUACGCACGGCAUCAAUAGAAAGUUCUGGACAAUACAUCUGUGAAGCCUCCAACAAAAUGGGUUCAGUACAAGCGGAAGCCUUCCUCUCAGUUGUUUCCAUUGACGCAAAGGCGGUGGUUGAUGACCCAGAGCCCACAAUAGGAGCAAGAGGUUCAGAUGUUAUUCAGAGUGACGAAGGUGAUGAAAGCAUGGACUAUGAUUAUAAGCACAGCGUUGUGCUCCAACAACAGCAGCCAACAAAGGAGUUGAUUGCUCCUAAGGCAACACAGAAGACAAAUGUUGCCUCUCCACCUGAUGCUCCUAUCAUUCUCAGUGCUCCAUAUACCACUAAUCCAGAUAGUUAUGAUUUGAUUUGGAGAGCAGGAAAAGAUGGUGGCUCACCUAUCAAUGCCUACUUUGUCAAGUAUCGCAAGCUUGACAACAACGAGAAUAUGUUGGGAAACUGGCACACGAUCCGGGUCCCUGGUAGUGAGAACGAACUGCAACUCGCCGAGCUUGAACCCUCUAGCUUGUAUGAAGUGCUAAUGGUUGCACGAAGUGCUUCUGGUGAAGGUCAACCAGCUAUGUUGACAUUUCGAACUGGCAAAGGGCGGUCCUCAAAGUCAAAGGGAAAAUCUCCGAUGCCUGCACCACCAGUUGGAGUCCCCAAGAAAACAGCAAUCGAAGAUAAGAGCCACACUAAUUAUGGUGUAGUAAUCCAUGAUUCAGCACGCCAUAGUGGAGUCCCUGAGGCACCAGACCGUCCUACAAUCUCAACGGCCUCAGAAACAUCUGUGUAUGUGACAUGGAUCCCAAGAGCAAAUGGUGGCUCCCCUAUCACUUCCUUUAAGGUGGAGUACAAAUGCAUGGGAAAGAAUAGUGACUGGCUGGUGGCAGCAGACAACAUCUCUCCAUCAAAACUCUCUGUAGAAGUACGAAAUCUUGAGCCAGGUGCCACUUAUAAGUUCCGUGUGAUUGCCAUUAAUGCCUAUGGUGAAAGCCCAAGAAGUGCAGCCUCACGGCCAUACCAGGUAGCAGGAUUCAGCAACCGGUUUUCAACACGUCCAAUCGCAGGACCUCACAUUGCUUACACAGAGGCUAUCACUGACACACAGAUUAUGCUGAAGUGGACGUAUAUUCCAUCAAGUAACAACAACACUCCCAUACAAGGAUUUUAUAUCUACUAUCGACCAACAGACAGUGACAAUGACAGCGACUACAAACGAGAUGUAGUAGAAGGAAACAAGCAAUGGCAUCUUAUCAAUCAUCUGCAGCACGAGACCUCGUAUGAUAUCAAGAUGCAAUGCUUUAAUGAAGGUGGUGAAAGUGAAUUUAGCAAUGUGAUGAUCUGUGAGACUAAAGCACGAAGACCUCCUGGAUCACCCGUGGUGAUGGGGGAUGACUUGAGUACACAGCCAAAUCUUGCUGACCACUUCGGGAGUGGACAUGGAGCAUCUUCCUCAAGCACACGGAGCAGCGACAUGUUGUAUUUGAUUGUGGGCUCGGUGCUAGGAAUCAUGGUUCUCAUCGUCAUCGUCUUCAUUGCUAUGUGCCUUUGGAAAAAUCGUCAACAAACAACACUACAGAAGUAUGAUCCUCCUAACUACCUUUAUCAGGGCCAGGAAGUAAAUGGACAGCUGAUGGAGUACACUACUUUGCCAGGCACUAGCCGAAUCAAUGGAAGCAUCCAUGGCAGUUUCAUUAGCAAUGGGAGCCUGAGCAAUGGUUGCCCACACUUGCACCACAAAGUUUCAAAUGGAAUAAAUGGACUGAUGAAUGGAGGGACAGCACUCUACCCAGCCAGCCAUACAAACACACUACCAAGUACCCACAUGGACUACGACCAAACUCACUGUAUUAUGAAUGGUGGUGGGAUAUACAAUGCACUUCCUCAGACGGAGCCAUCAGAAUGCGUCAACUGUCGCAACUGUAAGAAUAACAAUAGAUGUUUCACUAAAACAAAUGGCACUUUCCCCAGCAACAAUUUGCCCAUGUUGCAGCUAACUCCAACCUGUCAUGAAGACAGCAUGGAGAUGGUGCCUUUAAAUCACAUAAUUGCUCCAUUAUGCCCUGGAACCAUUGUUACUGAAAACAAUAGUGAGGCAGAGUAUGAUAGUACAAAAGAAAAUGCUGAACAGUCCCCUUGCCAAGAUUCUUGCUGCAAUGAGAACCAAGACUCUGUAUUUGCGGACAAUAUAGAAGGCAACAAAUAUCCUGACUUGGAAAAUGAGAAAAUGAGCUGUGAUCCUCUUCCUUCUAACUCUGCUCAAAUGGACAAUGUCAAUGCAACAGCCUGGAGUACAACAGGACUUGCUGAAGACAACAUUUGCGAGGACCCAACAGAAGGAGAACUAAAGAAAACUUAGGGAACCAUUCCCCGUUUGCCUGAAGCCUAUUACUGCAUCAAAGUCACUGAAAGGACCAAGGAGGGAUCAGAAAAUAACACUAUUUAUUUCUUUUUGUAGUAGUAAAAUAUUACUCCCUAUGAAUGUAUUUGAUUUAAAGAUGUCUUCACCUUUUUUAAUUAUUUAUGCUAUCGGAGGAGAAAUUCCUUUUUUGCAGAAUGUGGAGUUUUAGCCUUGUUUUGUACAAAGUUUUGUAAUAAUAUAAAGAAAGAGGAAGCUAUAGAAAUUGUUAAUUAAAAUUGGAUCAUACCUAUCUGGUGGAUUGAAAAGCACUUGGAAGGAGGACAUUUUGAGAUUCAAUGCCCAGAUUGAGACACAAGAGCUGAUCCCUGAAAGGACCCGUAGGACGGGUAAUGCAAAUUGAGGGUUUGUGGUAACAGGAACCUAUGUGUAUUACAUAGAGACAAUAGUUGCUGAUAUGUAGGUAACAGGACUGGUAAAAGACCGGCUCAAUCCUUUUACACAUAAUUAUUAGACUGACUCUAUUUGCAUGGACCAACUUGAUCAACAUCAAGUUGAAAGCAUCCUCUCCUGUUUGCAUUGUAAUCAUAAACCUGCCAACAUAUAAUGUAUUGAUUUUUUAAAAGUGAACCUUGGAUGAGGCAUGGCCUCACUACACGUCAGAAGCCAACAAGUCCAGGUCAUGCUGCACAAGGUGUUCCCAUCAAUAGCUGAAGAAACAUGGCUAAAUAAAUGACCACCUCCAAACUUUCACUGCUUGGCUUUGUGCUGAAUAUUUAAAAUUUGCUUUUUAAUGACACUACUUAGUUCCAUGUACAGUAAAGCAUUAAAAGUCCAUGUAAGUGGAGGUGUGAUUGCUUAUAGAGCUUCACCAGUCUUUACACAUAAAACCAGGAUGUGUAGCAAGUCCAACUACACCUACUAACCAUCAACUGCUAUUAUGGUAAUACUUUGUUUAACAAGGAGUAUGACAAUUUAAAAUAUUUAGCUGUACAAUUAAUGCACUUUUUGGAUGCAUUUGCCCAGCUGUUUCAUAAUUGACCUAGUUUUUAAGGGGAAAUGAAGUUUCAUUGACAAUGGUUGAAUUUGGUUGACAUUGCAGCUUUGUGUAUUACGGAUCCAGUAUGAUGGUGUGCUGUUUCAUGAUCUCCUUUCAUUAUUGUGCAUUGUAUUUUAGUGUGCAAGUUGUCUGCAGGUACUCUUUGUCAUGACUAAUUGUAGCAGCUUUAAAUCUAGGUGUAUCUGGGUAAGGAAGGACCAAGGGCUUCCAGAAUGUGCACUUUCCCAAUAAAUGUAUUAAUAUUUGGUGAGUUAAGAUGGAAAGAAGCAAGAGCCCCCAGUUCUGACACGUUUACUUCAGUAUAGCCAUUCAACAUUUGAGUUAAUUUGUUCUUUCUAUUGGGUCCAAAUGAGCGAGUGCGCUCUUUCCCCUGUUGGUUGUGCUUUGUCUCCCUAACAGGUUCAACAUGCAAGGCCUGUAUAUUCAUAGUUUUUUUUUCAGUGGAUGCCUUCUUUGUACUCACUCCAGUUCCCAAUUUCCUGACUACUGAUCUACUAAUCAGUCCCUCUCAUCAGACUCUGUUUCUCUGAAACAAAUGGCUUGCCUACCAUCUGUCUUUUUAUUUGGAGAUGGUUAAUCAUACUAAAAAAUAAAUCCUCCAGUUGUAUCAAACCUGCAAGCAGUUCACUGGAAUGUAUUGGCUAUUGAAACUAUUUCUUCCUAUUUCUAUGGGAUUGAUCUUUGCUCUAGGCUUGACAAGGUCUCCCAGCAACUGGUCAGGAGCCAGAUCAGAAUAAAAGCAAAAUAACCCAAUGGCUCUAUCAGAAUAAUAUUUUAGAUGAGUUUCUUGGGGACAUGAACAAAUUCCUCUUUAGGAUAAUAUGUACCUAUUAAGGUGAUUCUUUCCAAAACAUUGCCUGUUCAAGGAAUUUGCACUUGUAGACCACUUCCACCACAGUAAAGAAUGGAAGUAACAUAGACCAUCCUUCAUAAUAAAUCAAAACAAUGAUAUAAGCAAAUAUUUAGUAUUUUAUCAAUUGUGAUUUUAGAAAAGUUUUUUUUUUGCUUAUCUUAUGAAACACCUGAUGCUGGGAAGGGCUUUUAAAUCUCCCUUCAUUCCACAGCUAUGAAGACCUAGGUCCUACAUUUAUUAUAACAUUUUCAUCUGUAAAAAAAAUAAACAUGAGGGUUAAUAGAUUUGUCAUAUUCCUCUCUAUAUCAUAAGCAGAUUAGCAACUUUCAAGAUACUCAUCAUUCAAAGCAUGUUGUUAAAUUAUUGAUUCCAAUAACAUACUGCUGAGAAAAUAUCAAACAUCCUAUAAUAUUCUGUUGAGUGUAGUAAAAUGGAAAGAUGCAAUUAACCUCUGGGCAUUGUGAGGGUGUUUAGAAGAUUGGAUCAGGUACACCUGAUGCUGUUUGUAACCCUUCAGAUAGUCUGAUAUUCAGUCUGAGUCUGGUUGCAAUAAAUUCUGGAGUUGGUUCAUGUUUUUGGACAGACUUACCUGGAGCUCUGCAGUUGUAAAUAUUAACCUCAAAAGCAAACAAGGCUUUCACAGAUUAUCCCCAAAUUCCACUGUGAUGAAUCAUAAGACAAACUGCCUAAGUUUUCAUUGUGCUCUUAUCUUUCACCCUCUAUCAGAAACAAAUAGUGCUGACUUUUUAAAUGCAUGUUUUUGUAUUAUAUAGAAAAUAUGCUAUAUUUUCAUAAAUGGUUGUAAUAUUCUUGUUGAAAUUGUACAUAUUUUUCUAAAUAUGAUAGCUCAUUGAAAUUUGUUUGUAAGAUACUGUUAAUAUUAAAGAUAAUGCUGUUGCCUCCAUUUGCUAAGUGUCUUGGUAGUGCAGCAGCAACACAGUGUAGUACCCCAAAACUUUGAUUCUGCCAUGAUUUACUUUUGUGUGUUUGGGUAGCAGUGUAUUGAUGCAGUGAGUGAAAGGGUCAAUAUUGUAAAGAAAGGUGGGUAUCUUAAUCUGUGUAGACCAUAAUUAUCAGAUACAUCUCCAGCUGUUGUUGGAAGAAAACAAAGUUUAGCCCCAUCAGUGUGGAUAUAUACAAUACACAAAUUUCUAAUGAUCAGUAUUUUCUGAGGUUCCUGCCAGAAACAACGGAUUGGCAGUGAUUCAUUGUAGCUUGUAAACUCAAAGUGACUUGGGAUGUUUUUAACUCGUGGGAAUCAUUAUAGAGUAGAAUCUAGCUGUUGCUUGAACUUUUCAAUAGAUAGCAUUAAACUGCAGGAAUAUUAAUUGUUUUCCCUUUUGCCCAAUGUACCCUGAAAUUAACUGAUUUAGACAAGCUAGUAUCAAGUCUCGCUGGUUUACACCAUUUUGAAGUUUCCCUUUAGCUGAUUGUACCUUUAAUAUUAAAAAACUGAAGUAUUUAAUUUGU